AUGUUAGCUGCUUGGAAUGUUAGGGGGCUAAACAAAGUUGGUAAGCUAUGGGAGGUUAGCUCCCAUCUCUUUAAGCUUCAGCCUGAUGUUAUAGUUUUGAUUGAAACUAGGGUUAAGGAAAAUAAAGCUUCUGGUGUUAGGAAUAAACUUGGCCUAAAAGGAGAUUAUAUUAACAAAUAUUGUCACCUUGGUAAUUGGAGGGUGUGGAUUAAGUGGAACCCUAAUAAAGUAAUCAUUAUAGAUGUUACUAGCUCUAGUCAGUUUAUUCAUUGUGGUGUUUAUGCAGUAGAUGGUAAUUUUAAAUUCUGGAUGACUUCCAUAUAUGCUCAUAAUAAUCUGACACAUAGGAAGAGGUUAUGGAAGGACUUAGAAGACAUACAUAAGAACCAACAAGGGCCUUGGUGUGCUGUUGAAGACUUUAACAAUGUGGCUUCUAGUCAAGACAGGAUUGGAGGGAAUCUUGUUACUGAAAUAGCAUAUGAGGAUUUCCAAGCUAUGAUGGACAUAACUGGGCUAGGGGAAAUGGACAUCACAGGUGAAUUUUUUACUUGGACCAAUAAGAAGGCUAGCAAUCCCAUCUACUCCCGUAUAGAUAGAUUGUUGGCUAAUGUUGAAUGGCUUCAUGAAAACAGUCAAGUUGUGCUUACCAUCCUUCCUCCUCAUGUAUCUGAUCAUGAAAUUUUAUACCUAACUACUCCUGGAGAAAAUUAUGGUAGGGGGCAGUUUAGAUUUAAUAAUUGUUGGGUGAAUGCAGUGGGAUACCUGGAAUGUGUGGAAAGGAAUUGGGCUCAACCUACUAGAGGGACUCCUAUGCAAAAACUGUGGUUUAAACUGAAGAGAUUGAAACCUGAUUUGGUGAAGUUGCAGAAACAGUCAAAUGAUAUUCAGAAUAAGAAGACUAAGGCUAGAAAGAUGAUGGAUCGAGCUUAUGAAGAGCUUAGGUGUCAUAAGAUGGAUCCAAACAUCAUUGGUAUUGUUAAGGAAAGGACUAAGGCAGUGAUCUAUUGGAAUGAGAUGGAGGAAAAAAUGAUGCAACAAAGAACAAAAAUUGAAUCGAUCAGAUUAGGAGAUGGAAAUAAUGCCUAUUUACAUGCCUUUCUAAAGUCUAAACAUAGCUCCCAAAGAAUGAGUAUUAUUCAGAAAGAAGAUAGGACUCUCCCUACUACUCAAGAUGACAUUGCACAAGAGGUGAUGGAUUUUUAUAGAAAGCUUAUGGGGCAAGAUAGUACUAGACUUCAUCAAGUUGAUAUUGAAGCCUUAACAGCAGGUAGUCAGUUUAACAAGGGGAAGAGGGAGAUGCUGGUCAGUAAAGUCACAAUUGAGGAGAUUGAAAAAGCCUUGCAAGGCAAUGGUGAGUUAAAGUCUCCUGGAGUGGAUGGAUAA